AUGUCCUGGAAGCUCACCAAAAAACUGAAGGAGACGCAUCUGGCUCCUCUGACCUCAGGGUUUGGCCGGUCGUCCUCCACCUCGACAAUUAAGGGCGAUGCGAACGGUAGCGGUGGUGAUGAGACACCCGUAACCCCCCAGGCCCCCAGCGUGGCGCCGACUCCUUCCGCUUCAAACGGCAUCGCCAAUUCAGAGUCCCUGGUCUCUCCACCUGUGAACCCGGUGAAUCCAGGCAUUCUCAUUGUCACUCUUCACGAAGGCCGCGGGUUCGCCUUGUCUCCUCAUUUUCAGCAGAUCUUCAACUCCCACUUUCAAAACAACUCUUACGCCCCGUCAUCUCUGCGCCCGAGCACUUCUUCCUCGUCACACUCUUCCCACGGUCAAGCGGGUUCUUUUGUGCAAAACAGUCGACCACAAUCCACCAGCGGCGGUAUCAAUUCUGCCCCUACCAUCCACGGCCGCUACUCCACCAAAUAUCUUCCAUAUGCUCUUCUUGAUUUCGAAAAGAACCAGGUUUUCGUGGAUGCUGUGUCUGGAUCUCCCGAGAACCCGUUAUGGGCCGGUGACAACACCGCUUUCAAGUUUGAUGUUUCGCGAAAGACAGAGUUGAAUGUACAAAUGUACCUGCGCAAUCCUGCUGCUCGCCCUGGCGCGGGUCGCAGUGAGGAUAUUUUCCUCGGAGCAGUCAAGGUCCUCCCCCGCUUCGAGGAGGCUUCUCAGCCUUACGUGGAAGACCCGAAAUUGAGCAAGAAGGACAACCAGAAGGCUGCUACUGCUCAUGCUGAGCAAGAACGUACUUCGGGUCAGCUGGGUGCCGAAUGGCUGGAUCUCCAAUUCGGUAGCGGCUCGAUCAAGAUUGGUGUCUCGUUCGUCGAGAACCGCCAGCGCAGUCUGAAGAUGGAGGAUUUCGACUUGUUGAAGGUCGUUGGUAAGGGAAGUUUCGGCAAGGUCAUGCAGGUCAUGAAAAAGGAUACCGGCCGAAUCUACGCCCUGAAGACGAUUCGCAAGGCUCACAUUAUUUCGCGCUCAGAAGUCACCCAUACUCUUGCAGAACGGUCGGUUCUCGCGCAAAUCAACAACCCCUUCAUUGUUCCUUUGAAGUUCUCUUUCCAGUCGCCGGAGAAGCUUUACUUCGUUCUUGCAUUUGUCAAUGGCGGUGAGCUGUUCCAUCACCUCCAGAAGGAGCAACGAUUCGAUAUCAACCGGGCACGUUUCUACACUGCGGAGCUUUUGUGUGCUCUUGAAUGUCUUCAUGGAUUCAAGGUCAUCUACCGAGAUCUGAAGCCUGAGAAUAUUCUUCUCGAUUACACCGGUCAUAUUGCACUUUGCGAUUUCGGUCUGUGCAAGUUGGAUAUGAAGGAUGAGGACCGAACAAACACAUUCUGUGGAACACCUGAGUAUCUGGCUCCCGAAUUAUUGCUUGGAAACGGAUACACCAAGACUGUGGAUUGGUGGACUCUAGGUGUCUUGCUAUACGAGAUGCUGACGGGUCUCCCGCCGUUCUAUGACGAGAACGUCAAUGAGAUGUACCGCAAGAUCUUGCAGGAGCCCUUGACCUUCCCCAGCAGUGACAUUGUUCCGCCGGCAGCCCGGGAUCUUCUCACCCGCCUGCUGGAUCGUGACCCCCAGCGCCGCCUGGGUGCCAAUGGUGCUGCAGAGAUCAAGUCUCACCACUUCUUCGCGAACAUUGAUUGGCGCAAGCUUCUCCAGCGGAAGUACGAGCCCAGCUUCCGCCCGAACGUGCUUGACGCUCGUGACACAGAUAACUUCGAUACCGAUUUUACUUCUGAGGCCCCACAAGACUCUUAUGUUGAUGGCCCUGCCUUGUCAUCCACUGUUCAGCAGCAGUUUGCAGGCUGGUCCUACAACCGACCAGUGGCAGGUCUCGGCGAUGCCGGUGGCAGUGUGAAGGACCCGUCCUUCGGCAGUAUUCCGGAGUAG